AGAAGUUGAUGAAUGAUGACCCAAGAAAGUAUACCGGGUGGUAACCCAAGUUCUUAUCAAAUUUUUACAAAAUCCUUAUCACUUUUCAAAACUGAAAAAAAUGAAAAAAGUUUUUCAUUUUAAUUUUGGUAAUUUAAACUAUAUUUAAAGUCAACCGAUGUAUAUUUUCAUGCAACGUCAACAAUACAUGUAACGUUAUCUGAAUCUGACGUUUCUAACCGUUCUAAUUUAUGACUCGUAAAACCAUGAUAAUAAAAUGUUACCUAAAAAAAUAUCACUCAACAACUACAACAUAACGUCAACCUUAUCUCAAAAUGAAGAAACUUUCACUAAGAAACUUUUCCAUUCGAGUACCUCCGAUAAAUUGGUUUUCAACACAACCGCAGCCAACAUGAAAUGCUUCCUCUCAUCUGUAUAUUUUCUACUCUUAAUUUCAAACCUACACCAGGUCGAAUCAUCCUGCGGAUGUAAACAACUGACCAGAGUGUUCGGUUCAAAACCAAUCCAAGGAAUCUGUUUCAACGUAAACUUCACCACAUUAAUUCAACAACCUAAACCGACUCGAAACAUGAUACUGAUCCCAGGAGGAAGAUACUCGAUUGGGACCAACGAACCGAUUAUAAAACUUGACGGAGAAUCUCCUCAGAGACCAGUUCAAUUGAACGACUACUACUUAGAUAAAUACGAAGUGAGUAUAGGAGAAUUUGCUGAAUUCGUUUCUAAAACUGGAUACGUCACGGACGCGGAACGGUUCGGUGAUUCUUUCAUAUUGUAUUCGAUGAUUGAAAACUAUACAGAGAAGAGAGCUCCGGCAUCAGUCGAGGUACCUUGGUGGUUACUUAUUAAAGGAGUAUCGUGGGAUCAUCCUGAAGGCUCGAAUACAACGAUAAAAGACAGACUGAAUCACCCAGUCAACCAUAUUAGUUGGUUCGAUGCUGUGACUUAUUGUAACUGGUUAGGUAAACGACUACCUACCGAAGCUGAAUGGGAAGUAGCUUGUAAAGGAGCUAACGAUGACAGCAUUUAUCCUUGGGGCGAUGAAUUCAUUCCUAAUGGCAAACAUAUGGCCAAUACGUGGCAGGGAUUUUUCCCUUAUAAAAACACAGGGGACGAUGGAUAUAAAACAUUAGCACCGGUAGAUUCUUUCAAACAAGGAUCUCUCGGACUGCACAAUAUUAUUGGUAAUCUUUGGGAAUGGACUAAUGAUUUCUGGACCACGAAGCAUUCCAAAAAGUUGCAAAUUAAUCCUCAAGGACCUAAAAAUAGCACCGAUAAAGUGAAAAAAGGUGGCUCUUUCAUGUGUCAUAAAGAUUACUGUUUUCGAUUCCGAUGUGCAGCUCGAAGCCAAAACACACCGGAUUCUUCUUCGGUUAAUAUCGGUUUCAGAUGUGCUAAAUCAAUCUCUACGUAAUUUGUGAUUUAUUGUUGUUGUUUUUUCAUAUGCAUAAUUUUAUAAAAUUUCGAUAUCUAUAGAUGAGUGAUAUUUUGCCUAUUUUAUUUAAAGGGUUUUUUGAAUUUUGGGGAUUUUAUUAAUUGUAUUCCAUGAUGUUUUUACUUUUUCUGCUCUUUUGAGCUUUUCAAUCUCUUUUGUAUAUUUUUAGAAGUUAUUAGUACGAACGUGAUUUAGUUUUUUAUUUAUUUUACCAUUUUUUCGUGUUCCUUUUAUUUGUUUGUGAAUAAUUAUGUCGAUUAAAUUUUAUGUAUCUUUUUUAUCUCA